AAGAGACGAGAUCAAAACUUGAACCAUCAGAGAGACGGCGAGAACUUGACUAAUUGGUAAAGCCAUGAAGAUAUGCGCACAGCUGCCUGAGCACGUCUAAGUUUGAUUCAGCGCUCUGAUAACAACCUCCAAGGGGUGAAUUAUCAUCUGCGGCCGACUUGGAUACCUUUGUGCUGAGACAUAUCCCACACAGCCGUUGAAGGACAAAGUCAAGGUGUAAUCCUGAGGAUGAACGUCAGCCUGGUGUUUGCCACUCUUCUCUGCCUCACCGUAUGGAAGAGCUGCGUCCAUGCAAUUCAUACGCCGCUGGUAAACUGUUGCAGGAUUUCCAACACCAAAAUCUCACUGACAAGAAUUGCAAAUUAUACCCUUCAGUUCGAAGGCGUCUGUCCAAUCGCAGCCAUACGGUUUGAGACGAUGCGUGGGAAAAUAAUUUGCUCCGAUCCGAACGAUGGCUGGGCAAAAAAAGCCAAGGCCAAGGUGGACAAGGACGAGGAGAACAGAAAAAAAGCAUUGCAAGAGCACGGACAGACCAAAGAGGGAUCUACAAACGGUGUCACCCCAGCAGCAAAGGUCACACCAGCAGCAGAGGCCACACCGGCAGCUGAGGUAGUCCCGGCAGCAGAGGCCACACCAGCAGCAGAGGUAGCCUCACCUGCAGAGGCCACAUCAGCAGCAGAGGCCACAUCAGCAGCAGAGGUCACACCAGCAGCAGAGGCCACACCAGCAGCAGAGGCCACACCAGCAGCAGAGGCCACACCAGCAGCAGAGGUAGCCUCAGCAGCAGAGGUAGCCUCAGCUGCAGAGGCCACACCGGCAGCAGAGGUAGCCUCAGCUGCAGAGGCCACACCGGCAGCAGAGGUAGCCUCAGCAGCAGAGGUAGCCUCAGCAGCAGAGGUAGCCUCAGCAGCAGAGGCCACACCGGCAGCAGAGGUAGCCUCAGCAGCAGAGGUAUCCCCGGCAGCAGAGGCCACCGUGUCAAAAAAGGCCACUAUGCCAAAAAAAGCACCGCAGAAGGGACGCUGGACAAGAAGGAGGCUGCUGGGGAGGAGAUCCAGGAAAUGGAGGAAGAGGCAGCUGAGAAGACGCGGCUGAGGAAUCACAACACCAAUGAGAGUUUCCGCUGUCAGCGAACUUUACUUUUUCCAAUUGGACUUUUCCUGCUGCACUGCUUCAAGAGUUUACAAAUAUGAGACAAAGUCAGGCUUUUAUAUAUUAUUCAGUUGAAGAUUAAAUAUGCAAUAUAUAUUUAAAAACAUAUGUUACCCCGUACCUCGUUAUCUUAGAUGUUCAUUAGAUUAAUUGUUUUUUCUUCUUCCAGUCGGUUGCCAAUAAAAUCUUUGAAAGAAAAUCAAAUGUAAACGUGCUUUUGUUAUGAACAAGAGGAACAAACACCGAAACUGAUCUGGUUGUAGUAGGCUGACACACACACGCAUAUAAAAAGAAACAACACGGGUUCUCACAACCUGUCUGAAUGUUUUCACGCUCAGCGCAAAUAACAAAUGUACAGAAAGGAAAACCAACACAAGAUAACAGAUAACAAAUCUAGACAAAGAUGAAGGUCAGAGAUACUGCGGCUCUGUGCAACGGAGGGGCGCAAACAGGAAAACAGCUGGAAAGACAAACACACAGAGUCUAUAUAUAAAGUUCAAAAGCUAACUAGUUGGGUUAGUGGCUUUACUGUGGAAGAAGUGCAAAUAAUAAAUGAUAUAUCACAUGUGCAGUGGUGGCUAUCCGUAUAUUCAUUGACCGACUUGAGAGACUGCUUUCUAAGAAACACUAUGUCAUAUUAACACCGGUCGCUGCACGGUUACUGUAUCUUAUAGAAAGUGUUUCACAAUGUCAAAUAGCUGGUCUCACUACUGUCCACCAACAAGGGAUGUGUACAAGUCCUGGAACAGAGCAGUUCGAUAUCAUGAACCGUGAAAGUCUGAUCUGCCAGGUGGCCCUGCAGCUCAGUUGGUGGAGUGUGAGUCUCAUGUACAGGUGCCGCGUCCUCACCACGGCGGCCCAUGAAUCCUAUCCGAUGUGUUUAGCCCUUUGCCUCAUGUCAUUCCCCCUCUCUCUCUUUCCAAUUCUUGCCAACUCUUAACCUGUCCCGUCCAAUACAGCCAUGGAAAAAUGCCAAAUU